UAAUUUUAAUUGAAAUUUUAAGGCAUUUCUGUUAACCAGAAAAACAAUUUAUUAUUAAAAGAAAAGAUAUAGUCCGCGCAAUUGCGAUAUGAAUAGUGACAUUCAACCACUAAAAGAUAACACGUCUAAACACGAAAACCUAAAAGAAGGACAAAUCUAUAAGUGUAUUAAUACCGACGAUCUGCAGGUGAUUCGCGGGAUAUCUGAUACUCGCCGAGUAAUACUCGACGACCUGAAUCAAUCUACUGAACAGAAAUCGAAAUCUAGUUUAGCGCCGACAUCUUAUACCUCGCCUUCAUCUACGAAAAAUAUUAGUUCAGAUAAAAAUCAGAUAAAAAUUCGUAAAUUAGUGGACAGCAAACAAGUCUCAGGGCCGUUUCAUCAGUCUGAUAAAAAGACAUUUCUUCUCGAUACUUACGCCCGUAUUGCCGCUACGAAUAAUAGACGUUGUCCUAAACGAUUGCGCGAAUUUGCUAAACCGAAGAGACAAGCUCGUAGCAAUCAGAAUGACUAUUCAGCGAAUUUUGAUCUAAACUACGGUCAUGCAACUAAAACUUACAUGACUGAAAUCAGACGCAGCUUGAAAGAAUCGAAGAAGAAAUAGCUUGGUUUAUCAUAUUAACAAGAAAUAUUCUAAAUAAUUUUCCAGCGUUAUUAUUACGAUUUUAAAGAACGUAAAAAGAAAACCAGAAAGAUAUUUAGGAAGAUGUAUCUAAA